AAACAGUGACAAUAUAGAAUCAAGAGUAAUAGAGAAUAUUAAUUAAUAAAGAAGUCCAAGAAGACAAUCUCACUGAAUCUGUCAACGUAGUUCAGUAGUUGACCUACAGAAGAAUCAAGAAUUUUAAAAUGCAAGCAUCAAAUUCAAAACCAAGUUCUUCCAUAGACCCAGAGGAAUACUCAUUGAGAAAACGUCUACCACCAAGGUUCCCUCAGAGAGGUAAUGAUGUUUACAUUUCAGAGAAGACAAAUUUUCGGGCACAGGAAAGCAAAUGUCAAAAACUUUUAGACUCUGGCAACGAAGUGGUCAUUCAUGGUCUUGGAAAAGCAGUCAACAGAGCCAUUAAUCUGGCCUUACAAUUGAAAGCCAAAGGAAAUGGCACCAUAAAACUUGCUAUUCAGACAUCAACAGUGAAUCUGAUAGAUGAUCUGAUGCCAGAGACAGAUGAUGGAGAAGCAAAGACUCUUUACCGUAACAAUUCUGCUGUCCAUAUAUGUGUCUACAGAUCAGAAGAUAGUGCACAGAGCCAAACUAAAGAUGUUCUGAAGCCUAGUCAAGAAAAAUAAAUGAUUCAAAAA